AGCCAACUCAUCAUCCUCUCACCACCAUCAUCCAGAAAUCCACCAACAUGUCCCAAACCACAACCAAAAAAAUCAUAGUCAUAACCGGCGCAACAGGAACGCAAGGCUCCGCCGUCGCACACACCUUCCUCCGCCUCCCAACCUGGCACGUCCGCAUUAUAACCCGCACCCCUUCUUCCCCCGCCGCGCAAGCCCUCGCCACCGCCGGCGCAGAAGUCGUACGUGCCGAUCUCUCCGACCUAACUUCCCUCCGGGCCGCAUUCAAAGACGCAACCGCCCUCUUCCUCAACACCGAUUUCUGGGGUCCGUACCGCGCUACCCGGGACAGUGCAGCAGCAUACGAAACGGAAGUCCAGCAUGGGCGCAACGCGGCUAUCGCGGCGGGGGAGGUAGCGUCUUUACAGCGGGUGGGAGUUAUCUGGGGGAAGUAUAUAUAUUCGUAUCACUGGGAUGCCAAGGCGCAGGUAGCUAAGAUACUGCAAGGGGAGGAGGGGUUGAGGGGGAAGGUGUCGUUUUUGGUGAUGGGGGCGUAUGCGACCAAUCCGCUGUUUCUGCCGAGGGGAAGAGUGUUAAGGUUUACUAUUCCCGGGACGAGGACGCUGCGGAUGCCGAUUAUCGCUGCGGAGAGUUCGACGGGGGAGUUUGUUAGGGCGAUGGUUGAGAGUGAGAGUGAGAGUGAGAGUAGCAAGUGGGUGUUAGGAUGUGAUAGCUACCUGUCCAUGGAGGAGGAGGUGGAUGUGUGGAAGAGGGUGACUGGGUGGGAGGUUGAGGUCGAGGAGGUGGAUGUGCAGGAGAUGCAUGAGCGCUUCAAGAUUCCCUGGGAGGUGCUGGAUGCGCCGCGGUUUAUUGCCGAGUUUGGGUAUACCGGCUCACUUAAGGUGACGAUGCCUGAGGAGCUGGGGAUACGGACAAAGUCGUUUGAGGCGUGGCUGGGAGGCAGGAACUGGGAGGAAAUGAUCAUAAAAGCAGAGGAGGAGCUAGCUGGUAUAUAG